AUGCUACAGAAUAUGCGCAAAGUGAACUAUCAAGAGGUUUCCCGAGCUGAACCUGUGGAUGCCCCGAUCCUCUUAUCCUUGUCCUACUUCAGCCGAAUGUUUAAUACGAUUGAUGUUUGGCAGUUCGAGUCGUGGUCGCACCAUGCCUUUGGCUAUAUCGGGUACGCCUAUUGGGGUGGGAUACUGUUGAUAGGGAUGGUUUUCCGUAUAUGCGAUUGGGCUUUUCAUCGACGACGCGAGCAGGCAGUCUGGGCAGAAGAGUUGAACGCGUAUGCAUCGACUCACCCGUUGGAGCAAUUGCCAUGGAUCGGGACAGUUUAUUCCUGGGUCCAAACAUACCUGAUUACCCCUGCGCCUCUGGCGACGCAAGACCGAAACUUGUUGGGAUGUGUAUACUCGACACGAGCCGAAGCGCUGGUAGUAUUUGGGUUCUGGGUUAUUACCAUGAUUCUGAGUGUUUUAGGCUACCGCACAUUCCCCGGAAUCAUCUACUGGCCCAACAUCACCGACCAGAUAUUACGAUAUUCUGCGGAUCGCACCGGGAUCAUGUCGUUUGCAAACAUUCCCUUAAUAUGGCUCUUUGGUGGUCGCAACAAUAUCUUGAUGUGGGCUACCGGGUGGAGCUUUGCAACUUUUAACAUCUUCCAUCGUCAUGUCGCUCGGAUGGCCACUGUGCAGGGUGUGGUACACUCGCUUCUUUAUGGUGUGAUAUAUAUUCGAAGUGACGAAGACACUCUGGAAGGGACUAUCGAAGACCUACGUAUGGUGGGGGCUAUUGGCUUUCGUAGUGAUGAUACUAUUGUUGAUCACCUCUUUGGAUCGAGUGCGUACGGUAACGUACGAGGUUUUCUUGAUUACGCAUAUCUUUCUUUCCGUUCUGACCCUCAUUGGGUGUUUCUAUCAAGCUUUGUCCAGAAUUCUCAGAGUCGAGCCGUGUAUGAUGCGGGUGCGGAUGUGGUGCGCUUAGAGGUAACUCUUGGAACUCCGCUAUUGCAACCCUCGCCAGGCGAGUAUUACUUUCUGUAUCAACCAUUUCGGUUCGCAGGAUGGGAGAGCCAUCCGUUUACAAUUGGAGCAUGGUCUUAUGAGAUGGAGUCUGACGCUCUCUCGCUACCCAUCAUGAGAGAUUCCCACAAAUCCCUUGAUAUUACGCAGGUCCCACUCCUCUCGAGUAGAUCCUCUGAUACAGCACGGGUCUCUUCUGAAGGGGCGUGCCCUGCAAAGGUAAAGCUGAUAUUUUGGAUCCGUCCUUACGAUGGGUGGACUCAACAGCUCCGCCGUCAGUGCCUGGCCUGCCCCAACCGAGAAGCUGAAGCCACCAUUCUGCUGGAGGGGCCCUAUGGAAGGACAUUUCCUCUCUGGCGGUAUUUAUCAGUACUGAUGGUAGUUGGUGGGACAGGCGUCGCUUCGGCCGUGCCAUAUAUCCAAGACCAUCUACGUCGGUCUGCUAUAGAAUGGGACGCAAGUACAGCAGAGGGGAAAACACGAACGCGGAACAUAGAAUUGGUCUGGUCAGCCAGGCAAACGGCACUUCUUUCUGAGGUUGCUCGUCGAGAACUGAAACCUGCUCUUGGCCGGGCUGACUUUCAAGCAACGUUCUUUGCCACGCGUACUUCGGGAGAAUUCCCAAAUAAUGUGGUGGAUUUCGGUUGCGAGAUUCGGACUGGUCGACCCAAUAUAAAGUCUCUCAUUAUGAACCGUGCUAAUGACACCUCUGCAGCUGGGUCUACCCUGGCUAUUCUCGUCUGUGGACCGUUGGGCAUGGCGGAUGAAGCUCGAGCUGCGACGCAUUUGGCGAUGCGACAGGGCCACCGGUCCAUCAAGUAUGUGGAAGAGUCUUUUACCUGGUGA